AAAACUUCUCGAGGCAACAUUUCAAGUUGAACAAUUAACGAACUGACUGACUACCGACGCCAGAGGGAGGCUGGGGGAGUGUCGAAUGUCACCGGGAGUCCAAUUCUUCCUGUUUCGUUUCUGAUCAAACUUAUUUGCUUUGUACCAGUCAGAAUACCAGUGAGAACAAAGUUGAAUAGGUUGUCAGCCAGCCAUCUGAAGAGUUGUGGGAAACUUUCUGUGCUGCUCGACAGAGGCUGGCACGCUCUGGCUGUUGUGCCUUGCCUGGCUGACCGUUUCAAGGUGAGGAAUAUGUUGGCGUCCUGCUGCAACUGGUUCUGUCUGGACGCCGCCACCGUGGAGGAUACCAACAGCAGCACUCGCCACCAGGCCUACACAAACUCAGGCUACAGCAGCCACCCCUCUCCCCCGCUUGCGGACCCCACGUGCAAGGCCUGCGGAGGCCGCUUCGACACCCCAGCCAGGAAGCAUGUCUGCAUGGACUGUAAGAAGACCUACUGCGCUAGGUGUUCGGCCCAGCUAGAACCUCGACCGCGGCUGUGCCACACCUGCCAGCGUUUCCAUGGCACCCUGUUCGAGCGCACGGAGCUGAUGAAGUUGAAGGUGAAGGACCUGCGCGACUACCUCCACCUGCACGAGGUGUCCACGCAGAUGUGCCGCGAGAAGGAGGAGCUGGUGGAGCUGGUCCUGGGCCAGCAGACGCCGCCUCUGCCCGACAACACGGGACCCCAGACCCCAGCUCCAGCCUCCACGACACAGCAACAACCCGCUCCGGUUCCUGCUCCCAUCACCACGGCACCCAUCACCACGGCACCCGUCACCACAGCACCCUCCACUCACGCCGACCUCCCGGAGCCCGCCCACCAGCCACAGGCCCAGGAGGACAAUGUGACUCCAGCGUCGGUGUCGGUGAGCUCUGGUCCUGAGGAGACACCAGACACUGAGGCAGACACUGAGGCAGACACAGAGCUGCAGGCAGAACAAGAGCAGCAGUCGGACACGGAGGAGGUGCUGGCGCCUGGCCGCCGGGCUUCCCUGUCUGACCUGGCCUCGGCGGAGGACAUCGAGGCCCUGAGCGUCCGACAGCUCAAGGAGAUCCUGGCUCGCAACUUUGUCAACUACAAGGGCUGCUGUGAGAAGUGGGAGCUGAUGGAGAGGGUGACGCGCCUCUACCACGACCAGAAGGACCUCCAGAACAUGGUUUCGAAUACCAUUGACGGUACUGGUGACCCCAGCACCACCCCUGGCAUGGAAGACAGCCUGUGUAAGAUCUGCAUGGACUCUCCUAUCGACUGUGUCCUGCUGGAGUGUGGUCACAUGGUCACCUGCACCAAGUGCGGCAAGCGCAUGAACGAGUGCCCCAUCUGCAGGCAGUAUGUGGUGCGUGCCGUGCACGUGUUCAGAUCCUGAGCGGGCCGGGACCUGCUCAAGCCUUCAUCUCCCCAGACACUCCAGCGCCCCCCCCCCCCUUUCCUUUACUGCUCCCUGCUGGAUGACCACAGAGACUGAACUCGACCCCCCCCCCCCCCCCUCCUCUUUUCUGCCAAUAAACCACACAAGCCCCAUGACUGGAAAACUGAACUACUUUUAAUGACUGGACUGUCCAAGGUGAGCCACGCACAUAAUUCCCUUUAAAUCAUAUGAUAAGUUGCAAGCAAUACUAUGUUUUUGGGAUCUUUUUAAAGCGAAAGAGAAAGCUCUUCAACAGUCAUGGGAUGUUUGGGCCUAGUGCUGUCAUUGCUGCAAAUCAAGCCUUAAAAGUCUGUCCUAGUGAAUACAUGCAGGGAAACUCUUCCAUAAUGACUGUGAUCACACAGUGUACUAGUAGGGGUUACAGCAUCCAAUGUAUUAUAUUGGUUUUAGAAAUCACUUAACAGUAACUAUCAGCUCAAGGCUCAUCUCUUUAGUAAAACUGAAUGUAUGUCAAAACAAUGUUCAGUUAAUCUGUGUUUUGCCCCUAUCUAGUUGCACUGGAGCGUCUGUUUUAACAUAAAACUGCUUUGUAUCCAAGCUGGUUAAUCAAGAAAAACUGUAAACCGAGAAUGUCACCGCACAUUGGUCAAAUAUGAGUCUGUAGUUAACACAAAAGGACUUAACUUUUCACAAUGAAAUUUACCACCUUCCAACACUGUGUCUGAUAAGACAUCCGUGUUGACGAAUGGUGUUUGCUUGGCUAGAUAACCAUGCUUGGGAGGCCUAACUGACGAGUGAGUCAUUGUUUAUAUGAGGGUAAAAACGGCCUGUGAAAAUACUUGUUUGUGCUCUGUAUGUUUUCUGUCGUGAUACUUUGCAUCAGAGACUUCUACGUGACUGCAUUGCACUAACCAUUAGAGAGAAGGAAGCUGUGUUCUGUGUCGAGUCAUCAAGGAGGGUCGAAUGAAAAUGUGUGCGUUCACUGGCAUGUUCUGCACAGUAAAAAGAGGCAGACCUUUUCAUCUUUUUUUAUCAAAGGAGAGGACUUCUAAUGUUUAAUUAGUAUGGACUCUGGUUUAUUUGAGUUCUAGAUUGCAAUUUGUUGCUGUUUUUCCUCAAUAUAUUUUUAAUGACUGAAGUUUUGUAACUAGUUACUAAAUAUAAUUACACUUAUGGACCCAGAAUUUAUAUAUGAUACUGUUCUCUCUAUUUUUAUAUAAUCUGAUAUAAACAGAAUAUUGAGCCAAAUCUGUCUUUAAGAUUUUCUAAAAGAUUCUUUCAAAUGAAUAAAAAGAAAAACUACCAAAUGUUUUCUUGUGUGCAUUCUACUGACCUUUUUAUGAUAAAUAUAUUU